AGGACUGUCUCCAUCAUGUCGUACUAUGAGCAUAUCUUCUUCGACUUCGACUUAAAUGACACAGGCUCAGGUUCUGGUUCUGGAGAGCUCGGUGUGGAUCUGGAGGAGCCCUGCGAGGUGGAACACGUGAUGACCACUGAUCUUCAGCGGGUUUUCCUGCCCGUGGUCUACGCUCUGAUCUUCAUCCUGGGCAUCACUGGGAACGGCCUGGUGGUCGUCGUGCUGGGCUGCCAACGCAGGUCAAAAUGCAGCCUCACAGACCGGUAUCGCCUCCACCUCUCAGCCGCAGACCUCCUGUUUGUUCUGGCGCUGCCGUUCUGGGCCGUGGACUCAGCCCUGGCUGACUGGCGCUUCGGGGAGGCCACCUGCAUCGGCGUGCAUGUUAUUUACACAGUCAACCUGUACGGCAGCGUGCUCAUCCUGGCGUUCAUCAGCCUGGACCGCUACAUGGCAGUCGUCCGCGCCACAGACACCAACACUGGUGGGCUGAGGCAGCUGCUAGCACACAGACUGGUGUUUGUAGGUGCCUGGUUGCCUGCUGGCCUGCUAGCAGUGCCGGACUUGAUUUUUGCCAGGACUCAGGAGGGAGGAGAGGGGGCCACUCUGUGCCAGCGCUUCUACCCAGUAGACAACGCUCCUCUCUGGGUUGCGGUGUUCCACCUCCAGCUGGUCCUAGUCGGCCUGAUCAUCCCUGGCCUGGUCCUGCUGGUGUGUUACUGCGUCAUCGUCACCAGGCUGACCCGGGGUCCGCUGGGGGGCCAGAGGCAGAAGCGACGAGCGGUCAGGACCACCAUCGCAUUGGUGCUCUGCUUCUUUGUGUGUUGGCUGCCCUACGGAGUGGGCAUCUCUGUGGACGCUCUGCUGCGCCUGGAGGUCCUGCCACGCAGCUGCAGGCUGGAGGCUGUUCUAGGCGUGUGGUUGGCAGUGGCUGAGCCCAUGGCCUUCGCACACUGCUGCCUGAACCCACUGCUUUAUGCUUUCCUGGGGGCCGGGUUCAAGAGUUCAGCCCGCAGAGCCCUCACACUGAGCCGCGCGUCCAGUUUGAAGAUUUUACCACGAAGAAGACCUGGGGCCUCUACGACCACUGAAUCUGAGUCAUCCAGUUUACAUUCCAGCUAGUGUUGAUUUGUGCUGUUGAGUGUGUGUGUCCUGUAUAUACUGUGUGUGUGUGUGUGUGUGUGUGUGUGUGUGUGUGUGUGUGUGUGUGUGUGUGUGUGUGUGUGUGUGUGUGUGUGUGUGUGUGUGUGUGUGUGUGUGUGUGUGUGCAUGAGAAAGUUUACACAUAGUAUUGAGAAAGAAGGAGCAUACAGUCUGCUGGCUCAUGACUCGUCCUCUCCCUCAUCGUGGUGUUUUCUCUUGUAAAUAGUGUUUUAAAAAUGUUCUCAGUUUGUACUAUUUUAU